GUCUAUGGUUGAAGUAAGAAGAAAAUCAAUAAAUAAAUAAGUCAAGCAGGGAUGAUAGAGUCAAGUUUUUUUAUAUGGAGGUAUUCUAGAGGAAUAAAAUCAAAAAUUCGUAUAUAUGCCACUUCUAGAAAGUAGAUUUUCCGAGAGUUGUGAUAAUAUUGGAAUAUUUCUUCCAAUAAACACCCUCCUGUGUUAUCGAAUGACAAGGUAAAAAUGGAUAUUGGCGUAGAAUGUAUUAAUAUCAAAGAAGAAAUUCAUACUUCCUACAAUGAUGUAAAAUCAGAAGAAGAAUUCGGAAAUAUUGACACUUCUGAGCAUUUUAUAGAUGAAAAAAAGGUUCAUGAAAGAGACAAAUAUGUAAUUAAGAAUGAAGAAUCUGGCUCUUCAACCGAAGAAAUGCCUCUAGUAUUAGAACCCCCGAUUAUUAACUCUGAAUCUGUUCAAGAUGAUUAUACUUCUGGUUCGAAGGAUCAUGAGAAGUGGCAAUCAAAAUCUCUCACAGGAAAGUACAUGUGCGACUUAUGUGACUAUGCUACUAAUAGAAGAGACAGCUUACAAAUUCAUGUUGACUCGCUCCAUUUAAAUAUAAAAAGACACAAGUGUGACAUGUGUGAAUAUGCUGUGAACUUCAAAAAUUCCCUUGAAGUACACGUAAAAUCAGUUCAUUUGAAAAUUAAGGAUCACAAGUGUGACCUAUGUGAUUUUGCAACAAGCAGAAAAGGUAGCCUUAAGAAGCACAUCGAAUGCGUACAUUUGAACAUCAAGAAACACAAGUGCCUCUUGUGUGAAUAUGCGGUUAAAGAAAAGAAGGACCUUAAAAUACAUGUAAAAUCUGUUCAUUUGAAAAUUGGGGAGUACAAGUGUCAUCUAUGUGAUUUUGCAACAAAUAGAAAACGUAACCUUCCAAGGCAUAUCGAUACUAUUCAUUUUAAUAUAAAAAAUAAAAAGUGUCGUUUUUGUGACUACGCUGCAAGUGGGCAACAUAAACUUGAUAAACAUGUGAAAUCGGUACAUUUGAAAAUAAAGGAUCAUAAGUGUCACUGGUGCGAAUAUGCCGCGAGUGAGAAAUACAUACUCGAUAUGCAUGAGAAAUCGGUUCAUUUGAAAACCGAUGAACACAAGUGUCAAAUGUGCGAGUAUGUUACAAGUAGAAAAGACAACCUUCAGAAGCAUGUCAAAGCUGUUCAUCUCAAGAUUAAGGAUCACAAGUGUCAUCUAUGUGGAUAUGCUGCUAGUAACAAAAGCCGCCUUCAAAGCCAUAUUGACUUCUUCCAUUUGAAUAUCAAGAAACACAAGUGCGAAUUAUGUGACUAUGCUGCAAGUGACAAAAAAGACCUAGAUACACAUAUCAACUCGGUUCAUUUAAAUAUCGAGAAACAUACGGGUGAACCUGAAAAAGAACCACUUCCGCCAGCUUAUUCAAUCGAUUCGAAAAUUCGCAUUUCUUUCAGAGUGAAGUUGGAAGAAAAAUCAGGAAUGGUCGACGUUAUUGAACAAUUCAUGGAUGAAAAAGAAGUUCAUGAAAGAGAAGAAUAUAUAAUGAAGAUUGAAGAGAGCAAGCCAAUUUGCUUGGUUACAGAAGUCGAUGCAAAUGAAUUAUCAUCCACCUCAAUAAUAGAAGAAAAGCCUCACGUUUUAGAUCCAUUGAUGAAUAAUUCUAAUCUUGAUCACUUUGAACAAUAUCAAUUUAAUAUAAAGAACAUGGGCGAUUAUCCUAAAGGUGAAGAAACCUAUCUUGAUAAACCCUCGCAUUGGGAUGCUUCUUCUCCAAAAAUACAAUCUUUGGAUUUAGAUUUUAAUACCAAGAUUCACAAUUGUAACAUGUGUGAUUAUGAGACUAAUUAUAAAAAGUACCUUAAGGUACAUAUCCAAUCAGUUCAUUCGAAUAUAAACCAGCACAACUGUAAUUUAUGUCAGUAUGCAACAAAAAAGAAAGAGAACCUUCAGAGGCACAUAAACACUGUUCAUUUAAAUAUUAAAAAACAUAAGUGCCAAUUAUGCGAAUACGUUACAAAUAGAAAAGAUGGUCUUGAAAAUCACGUCAAGUGUGUUCAUUUAAAUAUGAAGAAACACAAAUGUCACUUAUGUAAUUAUGCCGCGAAUUCGAAAGCUAGCCUGGAUGGUCACGUGAAAUCAGUUCAUUUGAAAAUUAAGGAUCACAGGUGCCACUCGUGUGACUACGCCACAAGCGUGAAAUAUCACCUUGAUGAACAUGUGAGAUCGGUCCAUCUGAAAAUUAGGAAAUACAAGUGUGAUUUGUGUAGCUUUGCCGCGAGUCAUAAAAUCAAUCUAAACGAACACGUUAAUUCUGUACAUUUGAAAACUAAAGAAUUCAAGUGUCAUCUGUGUGACUACGCUACGAAUAGGAAAGAGGUCCUCCGAAACCACAUCGACUCUGUUCAUUUGAACAUCAAGAAGCACAAGUGUCGUUUAUGUGAAUAUGCUGUAAAUAACACGUUCAUGCUUGAAGUACAUGUAAAAUCUGUUCAUUUGAAGAUUAAAGAAUACAAGUGUCACUAUUGUGAUUACGAUACGAACAGAAAAGAUCAUCUUCAAAAGCAUGUUGACGCUAUUCAUCUAAAUAUUAAGAAAAACCCUUGUGAAUCUAAAUGUGAGUCAUAGUUGUGGAUUUUCCUCGACCAUAAUUGAAUUUGAAACUUCAGAAUGGUAUAGUUUCAUUCAGGAGGAUGAAUAAUUUUAUGGAAUAGAUGCCCUUCAGUAUUUAGUAGCUUAUUCGAGGUUUUUAAUGCUAAGCUCUCAAGAGCUUAGGGAAAAACUAAUUUUCAAUUUUGCUACGUUGCCGCUUAUGCGAAAAAUUACUACAAACUUCGUUAUUUCAAAUGGGACACCCUAAUUAUUAUGAGCUUUUUCGCGUUUCUAUCCCAGCUGAAAAAUUAGUGAACUUCUGAAUUGAUUUGUGUUCAAACUAUUUUGAUGUUUGCCAUGUGCUGGGAAUGUUAUAAAGUCUUUUAGUUUAUUUAUGUUAUUUUUGCUGUAUUGGUUUUUAUUCUUAUUGUUGUUACUUUAAAGGGGAAUUCUCCUUAUUUU